AUUCAUUCUUGUCUUGAUUGUGAUCUAGAUGUGCAUAUAUGAUAUUCAUUCCUGACUAAUAACGAGUCUUGGAAUCACUCCCUACUAGCACUACCAAUCAUCAUACUGGUUCAGUCAACGCUCGCACAAUCAAGAGUCAACAGGCACACGACCCAUGUAUUCGGUGAACCAAUGAGUACAUUGCGAAAAGAUAACGAUAUCGACGACGAGCAUCAACAGGCCCGUCAACCAUGUCCGCCCUGGUAAAACCUCUGUCUUGGUUCUACCAUGAAUUCGGAAUUGUGUCCAUCCACUCCACAGGGCUCAAUGCCUACUUGAUCAUCCUGGCCAGGACGGUGCGCAUGUUUGCCUAUGGCACCAACUCAUUGAUCUUAGCCAUCUUCUUCUCCUCGUUAUCCUACUCAGACCACCAAAUUGGCAUUUUCAUGACCUUGACCCUACUGGGCGAUGUGUUUCUCGGCACGUUCCUCACCCUGAUCGCCGACCGAGUCGGGCGGCGAAAGGUUCUGCUGAGCGGAUCCUUUCUCAUGGUCCUCAGUGGCAUCGUGUUUGCCGUCUUUGAGAAUUUCUGGAUUCUAUUGCUUGCUGCCGUUCUAGGCGUCAUCAGUAUCACCGGUGGUGAUUUCGGUCCAUUUCGCAGUAUUGAGGAGUAAGUUUGCAAAGGUCUCCCUUAUCUCUCCAUCCACGCAUCAUGCAUGCAUUCAUCGUCUGUUCUACCGGUUCACUACUCAGACUGAUUCAUCCCAGAUCCGUACUCUCGCAAUUAACAACGCCAUCGACUCGAGCGGACGUACUGGCGUGGUAUGUCACCACCUCGAGUCUAGGAUCUAGCAUUGGAAGUGAAGCCUCAGGCCGGUUCAUCCAGGCUUUGAAGAACCGCGACGGCUGGUCCGAUGUCGAAAUCUACCACUCACUGUUCUGGGUGUAUGCAAUCAUGGGUGUGAUAAACGCUUUACUGGUCUUGUCGCUGAGUUCGGCAUGCGAAUUGCAGUCCAGCGAUUCAGCUGAGUCGUACACACAAGUACCUCAGGACGAGAAUGAUAACGAUAUUGACAAUGAUAAUGACCGUGAUACCCAGCGGCACCACACCUCAGCCGCCCGCCUCGAUGAGGCUAAUCUCUCCACUCUAUCCGAUGCAACCACAUCACAACCAGGGUGGUGGCAUCGAAUUCAGUCUUGGUUCUCGACUAGACUGACUCAAAUCUCGCGGCCAACACGACAUAUCAUGUACAAGUUGUGGUUUAUGUUGGUGAUAGACUCACUAGCUGAUGGGAUGGUGCCGUACUCGCUGACCAACUACUACAUGGACACCAAGUUCCAUCCGGCCAAGUCGACGCUGGGGGACAUCACAUCAGUGGCAUACUUUUUCGGUGCGUUCGGAGCAGUGUUUGCCGGACCUCUGGCGCGCAAGAUCGGGCUCAUUAACACCAUGGUCUUCACACACGUGCCGUCGUCAGCCGCAGUCUUGUUGUUCCCACUGCCUUCUCGGCUGUGGCUCACCGCGGCCUUGCUCAUGGUGCGCGCCGGCCUCAACAAUAUGGACCAGGCCCCGCGUUCCGCUUUCAUCGCUGCUGUUGUCCUUCCUGCCGAACGAACUGCCGUCAUGGGCAUCACCAGCAUGCUGCGCACAUUGGCCUCUAUGGCAGGUCCUACCCUCACCGGUGUUUUGGCCGCCAACGACCAUUUCUGGAUCGCCUUUGUCGCUGCCGGAAUCUGUCGCUUGGUCUACGACUUUGGUCUCUACGCCUUGUUUGUCAAUGUCAAGGUCGACCAGGGUCAAGGUCCAGAUGCAGAAAAGGAUCAUCCCGGAUCCAGGCCGAGAGAUGAAGAGGACGGCGAUAUGAGUUUGGAGAUGGAUAGUUUGGUGGACAGUGAGGACGGUCGUGGAAGCCCAAGUGCCAGUCCACAUACGGAUCUUGUUGUUGAUGACGAUGGUAAAACGAGACCCAACCAGCCUCUCUCAUAA